AUGGUGGUACCCUCCGAAGACUUCUUCAGUUGUCAAAAGAAAAACCAGGAGGAAUUCUUGGUGAAGCUGUGCAUUUUCACUUUGGCAACCUUACAGACAGUCCUUUGGUCUCCAGUAAUGUGCACGGAAGACAGAUUCAACUACAACGGUUUGGAUGACAGCACUGUGUGUCCUAAUAUUAGGAUUGGACAAGAUGAUUUGCCAGGAUUUGAUCUGAUUACCCAAUUCCAAUUGGAUACCAUUCCGCUGCGGGGUGUGAGGAGAGUGGAAGGUUCGACACCACUUCAGAUUGCCUUCAGACUUGAUAGAGAAGCGAACUUUGAAAUUCCAACAAGAAUCAUCUAUCCACGAGGGCUCCCUGAAGAGUAUUCCUUUGUCACCACCUUCAGGAUGGUAAAAAACACGGUUAAUAAAGUGUGGAACUUGUGGCAGAUUGUGGAUGAAAAUGGCUACAAGCAAGUAGGCCUGAGGCUGAACGGCAACACCCAGUCCUUGGAGUUUUAUUUAGUUGGUCUGGAUAGCAACCUGCAGUCAGUCAUUUUCCGAGCGAUUUCACAGAUCUUUGAUACAGAAUGGCAUAAGAUCCUGGUGGGUGUGGAGAGGGAUACUGUCAGCCUAUUCGUGGACUGCCAUCGAGUAGCAUCCCAGCCCAUUAAGCCAAAAGGCACCGUCAAUGUAGAAGGGGACACUUUGAUAGGCCGACUGGAUACAAACCCAAAAGUGUCAGUAGUGUUUGAGCUGCAGUGGAUGCUGAUUCAUUGUGAUCCACAACGAGCACACCGUGAGGCCUGCACAGAGCUAUCCAUACAACAGGUAUCAGAAACGGUUAAUAAGGGUAAUGUGGUUGAUGAGGACUUCCAAAAGGAUAUUGAUAAAAUGCCACAUGUUCGACUUUCCAGCAAAAUUGAAGAUUGUGGAAUAAAGAGGAAAGUGGCACCUGAUUUUGGAUUCAGGGGUCCAAGACCUGACUUCGGAAAGGCAGGUCCACCGGGUCUGCCUGGUGCACCAGGCUUGCCAGGUCCUCCGGGAUCUCCAGGAUCUCCAGGGCUUCCAGGAUUGCCUGGGCUGGAUGGAAAAGCUGGUGUUGAUGGUCAGAAAGGGGAGCGUGGUGAUGUUGGAUUCACAGGGCAACCAGGAAAGCCUGGCCUUCCAGGAUUAAAUGGACGACCGGGACCAAUUGGACCAAUGGGUCCCGAAGGUCGAGUGGGGCCACCUGGUGAAAAUGGACUCACUGGAGACCCUGGCCUUCCAGGACAGCCUGGUGACCCUGGACCUAAAGGAGCACCUGGCACACCUGGAUCUCCAGGACUUCAGGGCCAUAAAGGCCAAAAAGGUACACCUGGAGAGGCCGGGAAGGAGGGUCCUAAGGUAUGUGAACAAAGCCGAAUAUCUAUGAGUAAUUCUGUACAUUUCUCCAAAUUAGAGAAAAUACAUAAACAGCUCAAUUACUCUAAUGUUACCUUAUAUAUCAGGAUGUGA